CGCUGCCAUUUUUGUUUGAUUUAUUGUAAUGUUAUAAAAGUGAUAGGCUUUUGAGGGGAAAGCACCUGUAUACGGAUGCUUUUGCCCACCCAAUGUAUUAUCAUAUUGUACUCAACCACCACACGAGACAUCAAUGUGAUGACUGAGCCUGCUUCGACCUCAAUAAUCUCCUUUUCCCACACUAGACUCCACCAUGAAGCGUACCGAAAGUAGCCUCACCCACCGGCCCCUCACCCCACUUGCCGGUUGCUAUACUCAAUCGCAAGUAGCACCAAAAAUGCCGUACGCCAGAAGCCAUAUACUGGCCGUCGAAGACACUUCUCAUACGACUGCGGGGUUGCGGGGUGAAAUGGCGGUUUGUAAUCCGAAUGCUGUUUCUUCAGGGCCGAGGCAACCUCCGAAAAUUAUCGGGAAAUAUAUUUGGAAUCUCGUUUGUCAUAUCCCCAAGCACACAGUCGAUCGUUCAGCACAGUCAAAUUUCUUCACACGAACGUACACCGGCGCACAGAGCACUAGAAACUCCAAGUCAGCUUUGCUUUGACUUCUAUAAACCAACUGCACCCUCUUCUGCGCAACGAGAUCCAGCACAAGACAUGACAUCUCAGCACAAGGCCAACGACCUCCCGAAGGUCGAGCGGUACAUCACCGACCACAACGCCCAAGGCAAGGCCAUCUUCUCCGACGAGAUUCCCGCAGCACUACCCACACAAACCAUUCUUAAUGGCGUCGUCUUCGGCCUGGGCUACGCAACGACCGAGCGACCCGUGGUUCUUGACGGCCAAAAGGAUAUCAAGGCAUACAAGCCCCUGAUUGAGAACCCUCCCGGCAUCGUGAUCCCUGGCGGCACAGUAGCGCGGUACGUCGAUACGCCGCCAGAAUCGAUCAGCCCCAUGCACCGGACGGUGAGCAUCGACUACGGCGUGGUGGUGGAGGGCGAGGUGGAGCUGAUUCUGGAUUCCGGGGAGAAGCGGUUGUUGAAGAGGGGCGACCUGGCGGUGCAGAGAGGUACCAUGCACGCGUGGCGGAACCCGAGCAAGACGGAAUGGAACCGCAUGCUGUACUUCUUGCAGGAGAGCGGGCCAGUCUAUCACGAGGGCAAGAAACUGGACGAGGAUUACGGUGAGAUGGGAGACGAGGUUAGGAAGAGUGGAAACUAGCAUUACGUAGGUAAUUGUCCACAGCUGGAUCUUUGAUACAUCAUUUCUCGAGCCUUUUAUGGGUGGUUUUGGCGUCCAUGUCUCGAAGGCGGUAUAGGCCGUUAUGGCGCUCAAUUAUCUAGCGGCGGAAACAAUUACAUGUAUCACUGGAAGUAAAUAAAAAAAAUUGGGAAAAUUAAAA